AUGGCAUCUUUGCGGUGGUUCAUGAUACACUGCGCUGUGGCCUUCGAUAUUGGGAUUUUGCAGGAUGCUGGAGAACUCUGCAGCGGGGAGAAGAGCAGCGUAGGCGUGGACGAUUGGAGCGACAGGGGAGGGCGUGAAGUCCACGUGUCCACAACGAGUUUUCAUGACCUGCUGAGAUCCGGAUUCCGCAUGCCACGAGCGUACUACAGUGGUGUGGUGCUGCAGCAUACUGCAGCACAGUUCGACAAAGAUGCGGUACUCGGGAAAGUUCCGCUUCGGUACAACCGUGCCGCACUGGCAAAUUCAAACUCCGAUAUCGACCAGGCUACGCUAAACGAUAAAUUAGCUAGAUUGACAGAACGCCUGUACAGCCCCAAGUUAAUCGUUAAUCUUGGUCUACAAAGUUCCAUGCAGCUAGUCUAA